AUGAAACCAAUGACGACGGCAACAACAGCAACCAUUGAUGUCUCUGCCGCUUGUUUCCGUGUCCCUCCUUCAUGUUCUCCUCGUUUCUCACCCAAUCCAUGCAACACCAGAUUUUCAGUUCUGAACUCGAUGAAUCCUCAAAGGGGACGGAUAAGCGUGAAUGUUCCACCCAAGUUUCCAAGCUUCCGGAGGGAAGUUGCACUGAAGGGGAAUUUGGAGGCUGUUGUUCCAACUUCUGUGCCUGUGCGUGUAGCAUACGAGCUUCUUCUGGCUGGUCAUCGAUAUUUGGAUGUGAGGACCCCGGAAGAGUUCGACGAAGGACACCCUCCUGGCGCAAUUAACAUACCUUACAUGCUCAGACAUGGAUCAGGGAUGACACAGAACAGCAACUUUAUUAGAGAGGUGUCUUCGCAUUUUAGGAAAGAUGAUGAAAUCAUUGUUGUGAGUGCAUAUCUUCUUAAAACUCUUGUUGAGUCAUUAAGACGUAUGUUAUUAUUAGGACUCCUGCUUAAUUCAGAUGUUGACUUGUGGUUUCACAGGGGUGUCAGCUUGGUAAAAGAUCUAUCGUGGCUGCAACUGAUUUGCUAG